UUCGGCUCCCGCUGCCUUUAGGCUGACGUGUCGGCAGUUCUGCGGCGGCUCGGCGACUGGGGCCGUGAUGGCGGACGCCUGGGAAGAGAUCAGGCGGUUGGCGGCUGACUUCCAGCGGGCGCAGUUCGCCGAGGCCACACAGAGGUUGUCAGAGCGGAACUGCAUUGAGAUUGUGAAUAAAUUGAUUGCUCAAAAACAGCUAGAAGUAGUUCACACACUUGAUGGGAAGGAAUAUAUUACACCAGCUCAAAUUAGUAAAGAAAUGAGAGACGAGCUACAUGUCCGAGGUGGUCGAGUGAACAUUGUUGAUCUGCAACAGGUAAUUAAUGUGGAUCUGACUCAUAUUGAAAGUAGAAUUGGUGACAUUAUAAAAUCAGAAAAACAUGUUCAGUUAGUGUUGGGACAACUGAUAGAUGAGAACUAUCUGGAUCGCUUAGCAGAAGAGGUAAAUGAUAAAUUGCAAGAAAGUGGUCAGGUCACCAUAUCAGAGCUGUGUAAAACCUAUGAUCUUCCUGGAAACUUUCUGACACAGGCCCUAACUCAGCGACUAGGUAGAAUUAUUAAUGGACACAUUGAUAUUGAUAAUAGAGGAGUAAUAUUUACUGAAGCUUUCGUAGCUCGACAUAAAGCACGCAUCCGUGGACUCUUCAGUGCCAUUACCCGGCCUACAGCAUUAAAUUCUCUCAUUUCAAAAUACGGAUUUCAAGAGCAGCUGCUUUACUCUGUCCUUGAGGAACUCGUUAAUAGUGGACGUUUACGAGGCACUGUGGUUGGUGGGAGACAGGAUAAGGCAGUGUUUAUCCCUGACAUUUACUCCAGAACACAAAGUACUUGGGUGGAUUCCUUUCUCAGACAGAAUGGCUAUCUAGAAUUUGAUGCUUUGUCCAGACUUGGAAUCCCAGAUGCUGUGAGCUACAUAAAGAAAAGAUAUAAGACGACACAACUUUUGUUUUUGAAAGCAGCUUGUGUUGGUCAAGGACUUGUGGAUCAGGUGGAAGCAUCAGUAGAGGAAGCCAUCAGCUCUGGAACAUGGGUCGAUAUUGCACCUCUGUUACCCAGUUCUUUAUCAGUUGAAGAUGCUGCCAUGUUGCUUCAGCAGGUGAUGAGAGCAUUCAGCAAGCAGGCUUCAGCUGUAGUUUUCAGUGACACUGUCGUAGUCAGUGAGAAAUUCAUAAAUAACUGCACAGAACUCUUCGGUGAACUGAUGCACCAGAAAGCUGGAAAGGAAAUGAAAAAUAAUCCUGUUCAUUUAAUCACUGAAGAAGACCUGAAACAGGUCUCCAUUUUAGAAAGCAUUAAUACAAGUAAAAAGGAUAAAAAAGAUGAACGAAGGAGAAAAGCAACAGAGGGCAGUGGAAGUGUGAGAGGAGGCGGUGGCAGCAAUGCCAGAGAGUACAAAAUCAAAAAAGUCAAGAAGAAAGGAAGGAAAGAAGAGGAUAGUGAUGAUGAGUCAUCUCACACUGGAAAGAAGAAGCCAGAGAUCAUUUUUAUGUUCCAGGAUGAAAUUGAAGAUGUUUUGAGAAAACACAUACAAGAUGCCCCUGGGGAAUUUAUUUCUGAACUUGCUGAGUACUUAAUAAAACCUCUUAAUAAAACUUAUCUUGAGGUGGUACGUUCAGUGUUCAUGUCUUCAACUUCUUCUGCCUCUGGAACUGGUAGAAAGCGCACCAUCAAGGACUUGCAAGAAGAGGUUUCAAAUCUAUACAAUAAUAUUCGGCUAUUUGAAAAAGGGGUGAAGUUCUUUACAGAUGAUACACAAGCUGCUCUUACAAAGCACUUGCUGAAGACAGUAUGUACUGAUAUCACUAACCUCAUUUUCAACUUCUUGGCUUCGGAUUUAAUGAUGGCAGUAGACGAUCCUGCAGCCAUUACAAGUGAAGUAAGGAAAAAAAUUUUAAGUAAAUUAUCAGAAGAAACCAAAGUAGCUCUCACAAAACUCCAUAGCUCUCUGAAUGAAAAGAGCAUAGAGGACUUUCUUUCUUGUCUGGAUUCUGCAGCAGAAGCUUGUGAUAUUAUGGUGAAAAGGGGAGACAAAAAAAGGGAAAGGCAGAUACUGUUCCAGCAUCGACAAGCACUGGCUGAACAGCUAAAAGUCACGGAAGACCCUGCUCUUAUUCUGCACCUCACAGCAGUCCUUCUGUUUCAGUUUUCGACCCACAGCAUGCUCCAUGCACCUGGAAGAUGUGUGCCACAGAUCAUUGCUUUUCUUAAUAGUAAAAUUCCAGAGGAUCAGCAUACUCUUUUGGUAAAGUAUCAAGGUUUAGUUGUAAAGCAUUUAGUUAGUCAAAAUAAGAAGACUGGACAGGGAGAUGAUCCCUUGAGUGAUGAAUUAGACAAAGAACAAGAAAAUAUCACCAACACUACUCGCAAAGAGCUUCAAGAACUUUCUUCAUCCAUUAAAGACCUUGUUCUCAAGUCCAGGAAAUCAUCUGUGACAGAAGAGUAAUGAUCUUGAUUUACUUUUGUCAUAUAGUGAACACAUUUUUCCCGAAGUUUAAAGUGAGUGGUUACCAAAAAAUAUUCACUUCACAACCCUCGAGUCCCCCAUAACCCCCCCGACACACACACACACACAAUUCAGUUUAAAGAGGAGUGUCGUCGUGUUCAGGGUAAAUCUUAGAAAAAUGUGAAAUUUUUGUAAAUUGGGUUCAACCAUGGAAGACUUCUUUUUCACGUUAUAAUUCUAAAAAUUACCAUUUCAGGUUUAUUUUAUUUUCAGAUGCUGAAUGAAGAAUAAAUUUUCUGAAAUCUUUCAUCUAGAAAAGGACUCAUGCAUUGUGUUGUUAGAUUUCAAGUGACAUACUUACAUUUGUAUAUAUAUUAGGCAGCACCUUAAAAUGUGGUCUUUUUUUUUUUUUUUUUUUUUUAACAAAAAGAAAACCCUUUGGUGUCAGAAUAAAAAUCAUGGAUUUUAAAAUUAAUAGAGAGUGCUUCAAACCUAAAAUACAGAAAUUUACAAAAACUUUUUUUUAUUACUAGGCCCUUGCUCUUAUUUCUGGCAGAUAGAGGGCCUCCCAUAUCCCCCACAAGAGUGACCUAGGUUGUGGAUAUCUUUAAAGGUGCAGAAUACCAGAGGGGCCCAUGCACCGCUGUGGUCUAUUCUAACACAAGAUGCUAACAAGUGAGAGAAAAAAGUUGCUUCCUAAGAGGUAUAAGUCACAUUUCAACAUUGGAAUAACAAAAUGUAAUACAAGUAUUUUUCUUUAACCCAGUUUGCAUUUCUAAAUGUUUUUUUUUUUAAUAAGAGUAGUCACUCUGGCAUCUAAUUCUUUGUUAUGGGAGGAUCCAUAAGUGCACUGAAGUCAUUAGAACUUUAUUUUUUUCCAAAAAAGAAAAUCCUUAUAAGAAAAUAGGUGUUCUUAUUUUCUAAAGAUUAUCAGUAGUUAAAAGUAACAAAUAGUUCCUUGAAGUAAUAAUUUCAGGCAAGUGAGAUUUAAGCAACAAUUUAUUAUAUAUCAAAAAUAAAUUUAUUUUGAAUAGAAUAGUAAGUUAAAUCUCAAGUAUCAAGAAAGUACUAUUUUAUGUAAUUCCUUAUAUGGUAUGUGUUUCGAAAUGUCUAAAUACAAAUAUCAGUCUACUUCUAAUUCCAAAGUAUUAAUACUUAGUGAAAGAAAUUGAUAUAAUUGCUAACUAAGCAUUAUUAUUAAAGUUGAUAGGAAUGUAACAAAUUUUAAAAUGUUUUUCCAUUGGUAAUUUUCUAUUAAUGUAUUUUCAUAUGGGCAAAGGAAGAAAAAUGACAAAUCCUCUGUGACCACAAAUUUCAGUUCGUUUUGUUUAUUCAGUUUUCAAAAUAUUGAACACCCAUCUAAUGUGUUAUUCAGUCUUAAAGAACCUUUUCAAUUAUGUCUCAGCAGAUACCAAAGUAAUCCACAUUUGUGUCAAACUAGAUCAUAGACAAUGAAGCAAAUAAAAUCAUUCUGACUUUAUUAAUUUGUAGGAAUAAAAAUAGGAGAGACAACCAAGCAAAUAAAAAGAAAACCAUUCUGUCCUGUUCACAUUCAUUUUUUUUCAUUCAUCAAAAUGGUUCAUAUUUUUCCUCAGUAAAUAAGAGUUUUUAUUGUUUUUUAAAAAAUCUAGCUGAUUUUGUAUGUAAAAUUCUAAUUUCGAUAAAAUAAAAAUUCUUAAAUGGUUAUCUACUAUGAUCUUGGUAGGCAGAUUUAAGGAUGUAAUUAAAAAUAAAGUUUUCUGUUUCUAUUAAA